GACGUAUAUAAAAGGGUGCGGGAGGCGGGAAUUUUUUUUUGCCUCGUCGUAAAGAAUCUUUUCCUCUCUUUUGCAUCUUUCUUCAAUUGAAUCUUUUCUUCAUCCCCUUUCAUCUUUCUCUUUUUUUUGUUACAAACAUUUCCUUUCCGCGCUAAUCACAAGUCUUGAAGCGAUUUACACUCUACCUCUACAUUUUUAUUGAGCAGUAGAGGAAAAGACCAAAAAAAAAAAACCUAGACAAGUGAUAAAACCAAGGCGAAAUCGCACGGACACUCAGUCCAGUGACGGCAAAUAAUAAUAAAAAAUAGUGGCACCCUUUCUUUCUUUUUUUUUUGUUAUUGUUUGCACAACCUUUCUUUAAGCACUCUAUUCCUAUCGUCUGUCUCUCGCAUCCUUCUCUCUCUCUUUUCUUUCUUUUCACCCCCUCUUCCUCUUUCGUUAUGGCAAACAACACUGUGACAUCCGUCUAUAGGUUUGUCAUCGACGACGUGAUCACCAAUGUUCGUCGUGACUUUGAGGAUAUGGGUGUUGAUGAAACUAUCCUGCAUGAGCUUCAAAGAUCUUGGGAAAACAAGGUCGCCCAGUCUAGGGUGACUUCCUUCCAAACCUCGGAGACGUCUGCUCCUGCAGAUAAUUUUCCGUUUGAGGAAUCUUCAUACGAUCAACCUGUUACUACAUCUGCUGCUCCUUCUGCUCCAGCUGCUCCCGCCACUACUGCUUCAGCAUCUGCCGCCUCCGCAACUCAGAAUGCGGGCUCCGCUCCUGCGCCUAGCACGGCCCCACCUGCUUCAGCUACAUACAACUAUCGUGUAGAGCAGACACCAGCGGCGAAUCUCCCCAAUGUUGCCUCGGGAACUUUACCGGGAGACAAUAGUAAUGUAGGACGUCCUCAGCAACAUGUACCGCCUCGUCCUCCUACCUCCAACAAUAGCAACACUAAUAGUAGUAAUAAUAAUAACAUAUCGCUUCCUGGAGGCGGGAGGAAUGGUAAUAGCGACGCUUCCAAUAUCCCACAAACAGAUGGUUCUAACGACAUCACAGAGCUCGAGUUUAUGAGCACCGUAGAGAUGGAUGCGUACCUAGAAAGACGAUUUAAGGAGGCUAAAGCGGAGCAAUUAUCGGGUCAAGCGCCUGGAGAGAUGACUUUUACAUUAACGCUUUCGGAUCGAGCGGCACGUAAGGCUAAGCGCGAUGGAUUUGAAGGAUUCUCAAUUGGUCAGGUGGAUGGAGAGGACGAUGAAGAUGACGAUACUGGGCUUGGAUCAGAUCUGGACGAUAGUGAUAACGAUAUGGACGAUGAAUCGGAUAAUAUUGUAUUAUGCCAAUACGAUAAAGUAUCAAGAACGAAGAGCAAGUGGAAAUGCGUACUAAAGGAUGGGAUCAUGUUGAUUAAUGGUCGCGACUAUUUAUUCCACAAGGCCAAUGGAGAUUUUGAAUGGUAGUCAAUAGACCAGACCUUCUUUAUUUUUUUUUUUUUUUU